CCUUCCGCUGCUUGCGUUUGCAAAAACUGAAACCAAAAAUAGAAGAGAAUCCGCUUUGGCUUCUCUCACUCUCGUCGUCCUUUUCUUACCUUCGACGACCUUUUAAUUUCUCUCUCUAUCUCUCUGUCACUUCUCUCUAUGGCAUUUCCUUUCUUCAGGUUAAACUCAGCAAUUUAUGAUUCGGAUAUGAUAUUCCUGGAGUGAUUUGAGCUAUAUUGGCGUGCAACAAUAGGUCGUGUCAUUCAUAUCAUUUGUUCUCUAUAUAUAGCAAUCACUGUAGCUGUUUUUCUACAGUAUCUAAUUUCGGUCAAAGAAACAAGAAGCGAGCAAUUUGAAAAUUCAAGCAACGAGAAGAAGAUGGGUUAUCUCAAUUCCGUUUUGUCACCUUCAACCCAGGUUCAUGCUGACGACCCACCUGUAAGCGGCGGGGGGCUCAGUCAGAAUGGAAAGUUCAGUUAUGGAUAUGCAAGCUCUCCGGGGAAAAGAUCUUCUAUGGAAGACUUUUAUGAGACAAGAAUUGAUGGUGUUGAGGGAGAAAUAGUUGGUCUCUUUGGAGUUUUUGAUGGUCAUGGGGGUGCACGUGCUGCUGAAUAUGUCAAGCAAAAUCUUUUUAGUAAUUUGAUCAGGCAUCCAAAAUUUAUCUCGGACACCAAAUCUGCUAUAGCUGAUGCAUACAGCCAUACAGACUCUGAAUUUCUGAAAUCAGAAAAUAAUCAGAAUAGAGAUGCUGGGUCAACUGCUUCCACUGCGAUCCUAGUUGGUGACCGUUUGCUUGUCGCGAAUGUUGGGGAUUCCAGAGCUGUGAUAUGCAGGGGUGGUAACGCUAUAGCUGUUUCAAGAGAUCACAAGCCAGACCAGACUGAUGAGCGGCAACGGAUUGAGGACGCAGGAGGAUUUGUAAUGUGGGCUGGAACUUGGAGAGUCGGAGGUGUUCUCGCUGUUUCUCGUGCAUUUGGUGAUAGGCUGUUGAAGCAGUAUGUCGUUGCUGAUCCUGAAAUCCAGGAGGAAAAGAUUGACAACUCUCUUGAGUUCCUUAUCCUUGCUAGUGAUGGACUGUGGGAUGUUGUCACCAAUGAGGAGGCCGUCGCAAUGAUCAAACCAAUUCAGGAUCCAAAGCAGGCAGCAGAGAGGCUAAUGCGGGAAGCAUAUCAGAGAGGAAGUGCAGACAAUAUUACCUGUGUCGUGGUUCGUUUCUUGGCUAACCAAGGGGGCACCUCUCGUAGCAGUUCCGGGUAAGCACCAGCUCAUGCUCAUCAUGCUCACAGCAAGGGGCUUGGAAUCCUACCAGAUUGGUGGUAGAGGUCAGGUGCAAUAAAAAUCAGUGGUUAAUAGUUUUAGAACAUCUGUGGUAGCGUUGUACUUUAAAAAGAAUAGAGAGACAUGAUCAAAACUUACAUGGCUGCGAAUGUGUAUUACAUGUCUUCAGCCUAUAUAAUAGCAUAGACUUGUGUAUGUGAACUUAGAUCUUGUACUUUGACAGUAAGUGUAGCAGAAAUGUCAACGUGUUUGUAAAGUGUUUUCUCA